AUGGGUUUGUGGGAAGCUUUUCUCAAUUGGCUUCGUAGCCUUUUCUUCAAGCAAGAAAUGGAGCUUUCUUUGAUCGGACUUCAAAAUGCAGGGAAAACAUCACUUGUAAAUGUUGUUGCAACUGGUGGAUACAGCGAAGACAUGAUUCCUACGGUUGGUUUUAACAUGAGGAAAGUGACAAAAGGAAAUGUUACAAUCAAACUAUGGGAUCUUGGUGGUCAACCAAGAUUCCGCAGCAUGUGGGAACGUUACUGCCGCGCUGUUUCUGCCAUUGUGUAUGUAGUUGAUGCUGCAGAUCCUGACAACCUCAGCGUUUCGAAAAGUGAGCUCCAUGAUUUGUUGAGCAAGAGUUCGCUUAACGGUAUCCCUCUCCUGGUUCUUGGGAACAAGAUCGACAAACCUGGAGCUCUGUCCAAAGAAGCCUUGACUGACGAAAUGGGACUUGAGUCGCUUACAGAUAGAGAAGUCUGCUGUUUCAUGAUAUCCUGCAAGAACUCUACCAACAUUGAUCAGGUCAUUGAUUGGCUUGUAAAGCACUCAAAAUCAAAGAGCUAA